GAAAACAUUCGUGUGCUAGUUUGUUUUGCAUUCCGUGAAUUUUCCACGUUUUCCAUUGUUUUCUUAGUGUAAUUUUGGUUAUUAAUUAGUUUAGAACAAUACCUAGUGCAUAAGUGUAUCAGAAUGACAAAACCACCGUCCAAAAUGAAGACCAAACUGAUUCGCGUUACGAACCUGUGCGACGUUACCGUGAAGCAGUUUUACGCUUACGUUCGCAACCUGCACCGUCACAUUCGAAUACAGAAUGCAAAAAUUCGCCGGCUCCGGCGGAAAAUUGUUGAUUUGAGAAAACGUCGUCGGCAGAAGCCGAAUGUUAAGGAAGUGGAAGAACUGGAGGAAGACGAUGGUGAGGAUUUCAUGAAGGCCCUGGAGCGAGCGGAAGCGCAACAAGCUCAGGCCGCUAGUGAGCCACUGAAUGUUAAGGCUUUCGUGGACGACAUUAAGAAAACUGCCCAAGAGUUUGACUAUCAGAAUCGGUACAUUUACGAGCCGACCUCCGGACUGUACUACGAUCCGGAAACGGGAUACUAUUACAACGCCAUUUAUGGACUGCAUUACGAUGGCCAACGGGGAUGCUAUUUGAAGUACAACGAGCAGACCCAAAAAUACGAUUUCUACUCGCAAGUGAUUCCGGAAGAGUCACUUGAGAAGGAAAAACCGAAAACGUUCCAAAAGAAACGGAAGCAACAGCCGGAGGAUGAACGGGAGGAUCGGGAACGUCGUCGCGAACGGCGCAAAGUGAGUCGCAGCCGCAGUCGUAGUCGGGAAAAGGAACCGCGACGAAGACGUCGUCGUCGAAGCCGCUCCAGAUCGUAUCACUCCGUGUCGAGUCGGUCCUCGUCCAGUUGCACGGACGGAGACGACAAACGGAAGCGUAGGAAGAAACGCGAAAAGGAGAGGGCAAAGAAACAGAAGAAGAGGAAGGAGAAGCGAAGCAAGGUGGUGGCGGCGGCGAAAGUGGACUCGGAAGAGAAUAAAGAGGAAGGGGAAUUGGAUAGCAGCAGUGGUGGAGAUAGCAAUCGGAGCGAGAGACGGGUCAUCCUGAUCGAUUCCAGCGGUUCCGAGAGGGGGAAUUCGGCAAUCGAGGUUGAUUUAGAUAAAUAUGCCGACAAACAUUCAGAUAUUUCCCGGAAAUAUCCACCUUCGCUGAGGCUAAUCGUGCAGGAGAGCAACGUGGCAACGGUGAAGCAAGGUUCCCUGUUCAUCAUCACGUGCAAGGGUGGUUCGCUGGGACGGGAAGGGGAUCACGAUGUCAUCAUUCCAGAUAUUAAUGUUUCGAAGUACCACCUUAAGUUCACCUACCACGGCCAGAGGGCGACCUACCAGCUGCUCGAUCUGGGAUCCCGCAAUGGGACGCUUCUGAACGGCACCCGCAUGGCACCGACCAUGCAGGAAAGUGACACCUUCGACAUCGUCCACGGGGACGUUAUCGAGUUGAACCGUACCAAACUGCUGUGCCACAUCCACGACGGAAGCUUUACCUGUGGCAACUGUGAACCGGGACUGCUGAUGAAGUCGACGGGCGAUGGCGAACCGCCGGAGGACGACCGGAUUACCAAACCGGUUAGCCACAAGGAAGGACUAAAGUUGCUGCAGAGGCGAUACGGUUUGGAGGAAGAAAAAUACGUGGAACCAACGGGAUCGGGUACAGUGGACUACAACGACCGGGCAGCGCACCGACGGAAGGUGAAAGGCAGUUCGAAUGAGCAUGCCAAGACACAGGCAGCGUCAGUGAAUCAGCAGAUCAGUAGUGAGAAUAAAGGCUUCAAGAUGCUAUCGAAGUUGGGUUGGAGCGAAGGUCAAUCGUUGGGUAAGAAUGACCAGGGACUGAAGGAACCGAUUCCGAUGACGACUAACGUCGGCACGAGUGGACUGGGAAGUCGAACUUUGGUUGAACCAACGACAGGACCGGAUGAUGCGAAGAAGUUGAUUUGGCAGAUGACUCAGGAAAGGUACAAGGCGUGUGCGGAUGUUGAGGGCGAUGCUGGUGUCAAAAUGGCUUCCGCCAAAGUAGCUUCCUUAGAUCAGCAGAUAAGCAGCGAGAACAAGGGAUUCCAGAUGCUGGCCAAGCUGGGCUGGAACAAAGGCCAAUCGCUGGGGAAGGAAGGUGGCGAUGGUUUAAAGGAACCCAUCAGUUUGCUGUCCAAUGUUGGAACCAGCGGGCUGGGUAGUAAGCCCCUGAAGAAACCCGGGACCAAUGCUGCAGCGAGCGGCAAGAAAAAGACAAUUUGGAAGAAAAAGCAGAGCAAAUGCAGUGCCACCAAACUGUUUGCGGCAUCGGAUUCCGAGUAGAUAAAUGACAUUAAUUCAAUUU